GGCACGGCCCGGCCCCGCCCCGCCGCCGGGCGCAGGCGCGGCCCCGGCCCGCGGGAAGCGGAAGCGGCUCUCGGACUGCUGUGAGUUUCGGAGAUCAGCCAUGGGUGUUAGAGGCUUGCAGGGAUUUGUGGCAAGAGUUUGCCCUGAUGCGUGCCAAACAGUAGAUCUGAGAGAAAUGGCAGAAAAGCAUCGCACUGAGCACCCUGACUGCCCACCUGUUAUCGUAGUAGAUGCCAUGAGUUGCGUUAGACGCUGGUACACGCCGGAAUCCUGGGUGUGCGGUGGCCAGUGGCGGGAGUACCUUGCCAUUUUACAGGAUUUUAUCAAUGCUUUUAUGGCAGCUGGCAUCAAGUUGGUGUUUUACUUCGACGGGGUGGUAGAAGAGAAAAAGAGAGAUGAGUGGAUCAAACGGAGGAUGAAGAAUACUGAGGAAAUAACCAGAUUAUUUCAGUUUAUCAAGACUUACAGGAAACAGCCAGGCAGGGAAAUGUUUGUUCUUCCUUCAGCUCUGCCUACUUUUACACGUUAUGCCCUGAAAUCACUUGGUCAAAAAACAGUCUGCACGUUGCAAGAGGCAGACUUUGAGGUGGCUGCAUACGGUUUGCAGCACAACUGUAUGGGAAUUCUGGGGCAAGAUAGUGACUACCUCAUCUAUAACACAUGUCCUUACUUUUCCAUUGAGAACCUCCGUUUGGACAGACUGGUCACUGUCAUGUACUCUCGAGAAGUUCUUUGCCGUGUGCUGGGUAUUAGUUUGACACACCUUCCUCUCUUUGCAUGCUUGCUUGGCAAUGAUAUUAUUCCAGAAAGCAUGUUGGAAGGCUUUUGGCACAAAUGUUUAAUCACCAGUCCCCAUAGGAAUAGGAGCUACAGCAGAAGAGCAAACAUACUGCUAUCCGUAGCAAACUACAUCUCAAAAAUUCCAUGCUCGUACAGCAGCCUGAAACACUUGGAAGAGAUUAUACCUCUGGGAUCAGACAAGACAUUGCUUUGCAGAGGAGUGAACUCCUAUCUUUUGCCUGGGCAGCAGUCUCCAUGGAUUCCUCCCAAUGUAACAAACUGUCAAAUGUUAUCCCUUCAACAACAAUCAGAUCUCUGUCAAGAUAAAGAAAUAUUUCAGUUAGCUAAAGAACAGCAUAUCCAAUCUGAAAAUUUUACAAUCUUCAAUAUCCUGAGUCAUGGAACAGUUGAGUGCAGCAAUUCCUUGGAAGAUGACUGUGAUACAGAGAUUCCUGGACAGGCACUUAUCUACCGCCCUGCUCGUCAGCAUAUUUAUUCUAUCCUGUUGGAAUCUGGAAAAGGUGGAACCUAUCCUUUGGUAAAGGAGUGGUGUGUCUAUUUUGGAAAUCCUCUCAAGCAGCCAGACCUGAUACAACCUGUACAACCUUCUGUUGCAGGUGGAACACCUAAUUUGAAAACACUGUGGCUUGCCAAAGGGCCUGAUGUGGAGAAGCAGCGGUACAGUACAUUUCUGGCAUGCUUUCACCUUCAAGAUGAGAUGGAAGAGCUCCAAGCUCUGGAAGCACCUGUUGCAGGAUUCUGCUGCUUGCUGGCCUAUCUUAUGAUGCAGGUCAGUAGCCUCUCUCUGGAGGACUUAAAUGCAUUUCUGGCACUCAUUCUCUGCCUCAAAGGGAAGUCAGCAGCCCAACUGACAGGCCUGCAGCUUGCAGAAGUCGACCCCAGGGCUGUACAUCUGGGUGCUGUCCUUGUCCGUGGCCUUACAACUUUGCUCAUGGCCAACAGCGCCUGUGGCUUUCCCUUCAGGAUGGAUGAUCUGAUGCCUUGGGCAGUGUUUGAUGGAAAACUUUUUCAAGAAAAAUACCAGAAGUCACACCGAGGUUGCUCUGUGGAAGAACUUUUGGAAGGCAAUGAGUCUUUGUACACACCCUUCCAGAAUCUCAAAUCUCUCAUUUGCAAGGUUUGCAUGGCAAAGAAAAGAACAAUACUGAGCAGACCAAGAGGGAGCGGAUUUAACACAGGAAGAGAACAAAGACAUUUUAAUCCCAGGUUCCAACAGCCACACAGAAGUCAUUUUGUUUCUCCGUAUCAUAACCAGAUGAGGGAGUUCACACAAAGGCAACUGCAAUCCCAAGGUAGAGGAUCAGGACAUGCACACUCGAGGAGAUAUCACCUUCCUCAGUAAAGAAUUCAUGACUACAAGUGACUAACUGGGAUGGUGGAAUAGUGCCCCUGGGAUAAUUUUUGUUUAUGAAAGCCUGUUUUUAAGAACUUUGCAGAGUAACUGAAUGGUGUGACUGGGGAGGAAAUCACACAAAGCUGAGACUGUUCAGCUUGUUAAUCACUUAUCACGUUAGGUCUAAGCUUGUUAUGAGACCAGAAUCACUUAAACUUAAGUUACAGGUAUCUGAGGCACAGUGGUAUCCCAGUACAUUGCUUUGUCCAUUUGACAAAGGAAAGUCUGAAUUGGUUUUUAUAGCAUUGUGAGGUAUUCCUGCAUUUAAAUUUAAGACCUAAACUAUAAUUUUUGCAUAUUUUUGUAAUAGUUGUUUAUAUUACAAUAUUUUCCUCACAUGAAUAAUAUGUCAUGUCUAUGCUGUAUUGUGGUUUAUGUCUUGAUUGUGGAUUAUAUCUGUAUUUUAAGGGUCAUCCCAUUGUUACUGAAACCCUGAAAAGUUUGAAACAUGACAUCACUGAUGUAAACAUCAUCUGCCAGUGAAAGUGUGAUCUUCUUGUAAAAUGAAAAACUUUUUUACAAAGAAAAAAAUUGCAAUUACAUUUGAUACUUUUAGUUAAGCAAAUUUGUACUUCUAGUUAAGCAACUUUUUAUAAUUUUUUCAACUGAGGAAAAAAUGUAUCAUGCUUUAUUUCUGUAGUGAAUAAUACAUAUGAGAACUCAAUAUUUCUUUUCUGUCUAAUAUAGACACUUACCUUCAAAAUUAUUUCUUAAAAAUUUGUAUGUUUCACUUUGUGAUUCAGUUUCAGAAAUAUACAUAUUUGUUUAGUUCUAAAAUCAAGGGAGCGUCAAGAGAGGAGCCGGGCUCUUCUCGGUGGUGCCAAGCAAUAGGAUAAGAGGCAAUGGGCAGAAACUGAUGCACAGGAAAUUCCCCUGAAAUGAGGAAGAACUUCACUGUGCAGGUCACUGAGCACUGGAGCAGAUUGUCCUGAGAGGCUGUGGAGUCUCCCUCACUGGAGAUGUUCAAGAACCAUCAGGACACAACCCUGUGCCAGGUGCUCUGGGAUAACCAUGACUGAACAGGAAGGUUGGACCAGAUGCCCCUGUGGUAACUCCUUUGAGUCAACUGUCAGUGGAGCUUCAUUCCUGUUUAGUAUCCAGGUGAUGUCAAAAUGAAUAGCACUGUCAGACAUCCAUAACUCCAUACUCAAUUUCCUCACAUGUAUUUUUGUAACCCAGUAAAUAUAUUUUUCAUACUCUGUAUAUAGUAACAAUCCAACUAAAUAAAUAAGCAAUAAGGAUUUCUUGUUUUAUUAAAAGUUUGAGCAGACAAACACAGUGUCUUGAUUUGCAUUUCAGGAAAUGCACUGUCAUCAUAUGAGUAUUCCUGCUUCCUUUUUCAAUCUAUUUGCCACUGACUAUAAUUGUACUAUCAUUUUUUUUUGCUAUCGUUUUUAUCCCUCCCCUCCAAACCUUUUGAAAUAAUGUGGUCUGAAUUUUAUGGAAACUUCUCUGGUUUCAGGGAUUUCAUGAUGUAUAAUACUGUAUUUUAAAAGAAUGUGUUUGUGUGCCAGAAUUUGUUGGUAAUUCCCUCUUCAGGCUUUGAUAUGAGAAAAGAUGUCUGUUGUCCUCAAUAAACAAAGUUAAAUACAGUUAGAGUGGGAGUUUUGCU